GAAUUUGUUGUGGACUGUGCAGUGUUCAAAGGGCAAUGUUGUCUGUCCUCAUCAAGUUAGCUAUUCCCAAAUACCGGAAGUUGUGGCAGCCUGUUCCGGCUUUCAUCAGGACCAUGUCGUCUUCAGACGGACCCACCUCCUCCUCGUACACCACCCUGGCCAUCAGUCGCCCUGCAGAGUCCGUCAUGCACGUCCAGCUUCACCGGCCUGACAAACUCAACGCCAUGAACAAAGAUUUCUGGAGGGAGAUGGUGGAGUGCUUCAGUGAGAUCACGGAGGACAAGGACUGCAGGGUGGUGGUGGUUUCUGGAGCGGGAAAGAUGUUCACAGCUGGGCUCGACCUGUUGGACAUGGCGAGCGAUGUGCUCCAGCCAGAAGGUGAUGACGUGUCCCGAAUCUCCUGGAACAUCAGAAGAACCAUCACCAAGUAUCAGGAAACGUUCUCCGUCAUAGAGAAGUGUCCGAAGCCUGUGGUGGUGGCUGUUCACGGCGCCUGCAUCGGAGGAGGUGUCGACCUGAUCACAGCCUGUGACAUUCGCCUCUGCACCCAGGACGCCUGGUUUCAGGUCAAGGAAGUCGAUAUUGGACUCGCAGCGGACGUCGGAACGCUGCAGAGACUUCCCAAAGUGAUCGGCAGCCGCAGUCUGGUCAACGAGCUCGCGCUGACAGCCAGGAAAAUGUACGCUGACGAAGCCAAGAGCAGCGGACUGGUCAGCCGGGUGUUUGCAGAUAAGGAGGCCCUGAUGGCCGGAGCCCUGGAGAUGGCGGCGGAGAUCGCAGCUCGCAGCCCCGUGGCCGUGCAGGGAACCAAACUGAACCUGAUCUAUUCCAGAGAUCACAGCGUGGACGAGGGACUGCACUACAUGGCCACGUGGAACAUGGGAAUGCUUCAGACCCAGGAUGUGAUGAAAUCCGCUCAGGCUGCCCUGGAGAAGAAAAGCCCGAAGACGGUGGUUUUCUCCAAACUGUGAGCCUGGCUGCAGUUUGUACCUGAAGAGCACCCGACCUCACCUGGUUGGACUCGGCUGCCUGGAUUAUUGAGCGUCAGGACUGUGUGGCUUUUAGUCUCCGAGCAGCUAACACCAAAACUAAUCCAAGAUCCAAAACCUGAACGCAGCUCGUCUUUUUAUUUUAAAGCUUCUGAGACUGUUUGAAGGAUUUCAUGUCGCUUCCAGGCGGCUGCUGGUCUGACGGACCCGUGUGACUCGGUGGUUCGUUCCAUAAACACCUUUUUUUUUAAUCAUCUUGAUGAAUAACUUUCAGUGCGUGAUUAAUUUUCAGACCAAACUGUUAACAAGUUUAUUGAUUUAAAUAAAACACUUAAAAUAAAUUAAAACACUUUGAGUUGAGAAGAGUCGAGUCACUGUCGAGUCUGUUUGGCACGAAGCUUCUGCAACGUUUUCUGUUGAGAGACGCAUAAACGAUUAACUGGAGCUCUGCAGCGGUUUGAGCCCUGCAGCUUCUGUCCUUAAAUAAACACCUUGUG